UUUGGCUGACGACCACGCGACGCGAGCUGUCUCAUGCUGCACCACCAAGGUCGUCAGCAUACGAGUUUGUGACCGGCGACAACUGGACGACGAACACACGCGACACGAGGGUCGCCCGCUUGAGCGGGUGUUUAGUGUUGAGCGGCUACGGCAAGGUGCGGUACUGUGAGGAGACUGAACAGAGAGGUGGGAGCUCUGCAGUACGGUGAACAACAGCACCCCUCGGCAUUCUAAGCCAGUGGCUGCCACGGCUGUCGCACCUCCAUGCCCGGGCCCACCUCCGCCAGUCCGGGCCUGCCCCGCCGAUGCCGCUGCUGUCGCGUUCAGGCUGGCGGCGUGUGUCCAGCAGGCGGGGUUAGAUAGGACGCGAGAUCGGCGGGCUAUCCCUUGGUGGCGCCACUCCACGGAACCGUUUCAGAAGCGUACGCUAAGAGAGCCGAGGGUGCUGUGGAUUGUCGCUGUGUCCAUGUCAACGCGAGGGCGACAUGGCUGCGUGUGUCGCCAGCGACGUGUGUGUCGCCAGCGAUGCGUGUGUCGCCAGCGACGCGGGUCCAGCGCGGGUCAGAAGCCGACGAGAGGGACUGGGCAUCAGCGGCGUGUGACCGUUGACGCGCCGUGCCGUGCCGCCACGCCACGAGCGCCUCAGACGGGACUUCCGUCUGCAUCAGCACCGAGGGUCGGCCGGCAAUCUCGAGGCCACGAGUAGAUGGCGACCCGCGGUCUUGGGACGGAGCGCAUGGUGCCCUUUCGCUCCUUGUGCGGCGUGAUGCAGUCGGUUCCACUAUUUAAGAUCGCUGCUCGUGUCCCAAUGUCGUCAACCUCAAUCGCGACUUCAUCGCCAUCGCUCGUUGCGUUUCCUUGCGGCGUCCACGCCGAUUCCAGCGCUCGCCGAUCCACUCGUCGAUCCCAGCAGCGACCGACUGGCGCUCGCCGCCGUCACCAUGCGCCACCUCGCCUUCCCGCUGCUCGCACCGCUCCUCGCCGCGGCGGCACUCGCGGCCGCCCUUGAGCCUGUGCGCGUUGCGCCGCUAGCGGGGCCGGCUUGCGUGAGCGACUUCCCGCGCCGCCCGCUGUGCAAGUUCGUGGACGACCUGGUGGCGGCGCCGCGCGUGCAGGUGGACGCGGCCACGGGGAGGACCAUCCAGAUCGGCGUGUACCAGAUCCUCCAGAAGCUGCACCGCGACCUGCCGCCCACGAAGCUGUACGCAUAUGGGCUCAGCGAGCGCACGGCGCGCUACCCCGGACCCACGCUCGUGGCCAGACGGGGCGUGCCCACCAAGGUCCUUUGGGUCAACAAGCUGCGCGACCAGCAGCACAUGUUCGCUGUGGAUUACAGCCUCAUGGACGUCGCUACACCGCACCAAGGCGGCAUUCCCAUUGUGGUGCACCGGCACGGCGGCGAGACCGCCAGUGAGUACGACGGCCACCCGGAGGCGUGGUUCACGCAGCACGGCGACAAGGGCCCCGCCUUCCGCGCGCGGCGCUACACGUACCCCAACGACCAGCAGGCGGCCACGCUGUGGUACCAUGACCACGCCAUGGGCAUCACGCGCUUGAACGUGGCGGCGGGCAUGGCGGGGCUGUACAUCGUCACCGACCCCCAGGGCGCGGAGAAGCACCUUCUCAAGCACCUGCCCGGCGCGGGGUACACAGUGGCGCUGGCCAUCUCGGACCGGCGGUUCCACGCCAACGGGUCCAUCGACUACCCCAGCCAAGGCAUCGUGCCGUCCAUGCACCCGCACUGGGUGCCCGAGUACACCGGCGACACCAUCCUCGUCAGUGGACUCGUGUGGCCGUACAUGACUGUGCGCCGCACGCGCUACCGCUUCCGCGUGCUGGGGGCCGCCAAUGCGCGCUUCUUCAACAUGCGCUUCGUGUGCGCUACUGCCGCCAACUACCCAGACUUUGCACCGCCCUUCACCGGGCAUGUGCUGCCCAUGGUGCAGAUCGGCUCUGACGGCGGCUACCUGCCCGAGCCCGUCACGCGCGCCUCCCUGCUGCUGGCCCCCGGCGAGCGCUACGACCUCCUCAUUGAAUUCUCCUCACUGCCAGCUGACUGUGCUGACGUCAUCCUCACCAACGACGCCCCUUCACCGUACCCCAGUGGCGAGCCUGUGACGAACGACACGGCCGUGGUCAUGCGCUUCAUCGUGGACCGCGACAGCGCCGUGCUGCCCGCUCCGCCCAUUCCCAAGAGGCUCGUGGCCGUUCCCCCCGUGGACUUGUCCCAGGUGGCGGUGGAGCGGUGGAUGGCAGCCGUGGAAGUCACGGACCCCGCCACUGACCUGCCCAUCCGCGUCACCUUCGACCGCAAGAUGUACCGCGACCCGCCCUCGGAGAUCCCCAGGGAGGGCUCGGAGGAGCUGUGGCAUGUGAUCAACACGACGCCCGACGCCCAUCCCAUCCACCUGCACCUCAUUCAGCACCGCCCCGUUUCGCGCCGCCCCUUCGACCGCGCCGCCUACAAUGCCGGCGCUUGCUCCUUCACCAAUGCGUCCCUGCCGUCGUGCUUCACGGGUGCGGGGGCGGGCAUGGCGGCGUACGAGCGCGGGUGGAAGGACACCACCACAUUGCUGCCGGGGGAGGUGCUCACUCUCUGGACCGGCUGGUACUCCCAGGACGGGUCGCCCUUCCCUUUCAAUCCCACUCGCAGCCCCGGCUAUGUGUGGCAUUGCCACAUUCUGGAGCACGAGGACAACGAGAUGAUGCGCCCGCUCGUCGUCACGAAAUAGGGUGCUGCUCGCUGAAGUGUGCUCGUCAAUAUCUACAUUUACUACGUUACAUCUAGAUUGAAUAUGUCAAUGUAUCUUUUCAUGAAAUACAGCUUUAUUUUCAAUUUGUAUCUGAAAGUGUCCACACAUUAUAGCAGGCCGGGGUCCUCCAUACAGGGGUCCGCUUUUGUCGUUGCACUGCCGUGCAUCCCAUCCUCCUCAUCGACCUUCCGCCUCAUCACCAUCUGCAGCAACGGCUCAGUCCCCUCAUCGGGAUCAUCGCACGAAUCACUUCCAACAUCCGACGGCCACUCUUCGCCACCAAGCCGCUCGCCUGUCCCACAUCGCCUGAAUUUUCUGGGGAGGUGUCACGAGGUGCUCGGCUCAGCAGGUAAGC